AUGGCAAAGAUGUCUCGUCGCAGGGACUCUGCAACGUCGAGUGCCGCCUUUUCCCGCUUGAUGACUAGGCUCGCGACGCCGGGGAACGUUAUCUUGAACACCUGCUUCCUGAAGAGUCCUUCCCCAACGUACGAGAAGAACUCGCGAAGCGCCAUGGACGCCGUGCGUGCAGGAACGGCCGCGAUGGCAACGACAUCCGCCAUGUUGAAUUUCACGUACUCUAGUCUGGGCGGUGCCUGGGGCACCUUGUUGGAGUCUAGAUUGUAG